UUGACUGCGCUGACCUUCACUUUUCCAUUGUGUAGUUCUUCUAUGUAGUAACAGCAGUAGGCUUUAUCAAAUCAACAUGGAGAGUAGGCAUUCUCUUUACUGAAAGCUACAAUCUUCCUGCCUAAAAUUUUCAACAUAUUCUCUUAUUUAUAGAGUGGUCUUUUGCAAAAUGAAAAGGUAAGAGAUGUACACAGCUCCGUAACACCAUGCCAACAUCGUCCCCACCACCUUCCUCAGUCAGUGAAAGCAGUGCAAAUGCUCGCAGCGUCACAGAUUCACAUUUGUACUGAAAGGUCCCCCCUGCUCAGAUUAGGGUUUUUAUGUUAAAUAGGUGAAACUAGCAGGACAUGGAGCCAGAACCAGACGGGUGGUUUUGCUCAUUAGUAAGAAGAUAUUCCACUUUUAACUUUUAUAUUGUAUAUAAUCUCUUUGUUAAAACUGUACAUUACAGGGACUAUUUUGUUUUUGCAAAGCACUCAUUAAUCUCCAGCUUUGAAAAACCCCUUGAAACUUGAAGUGAUCCAACAGCGUCGUACCGCCUUAUGUUACUGUUACAGCCGUAACUGCUUUUUCUAAGCAGAGCCCUCAAAGUAAGCACUGUCAGUGAUGGUGCUUACUUUUGAGAUGGACCAGACCCUCGUUGAGAAUCUCCUAAAUCAGUGGUUUGGACAUUUUUCUCUAACUUUUAGAAACAAAGCUUAUGUCACCCUGCUAAACCCGAGGGUGAACUCCAGAGCAAUAUGUAAACCAGACUUCUAAACACAACUUGCAAAGUUUAUUCCUGGUAGCUGUGCAAGCAAAAGAUAAUGGUUCCUUUUACAAAUUCGACUGAGUGUGUUUUCUGGAACUCCUACAGCGGAUUAACCCUUGAAUAUAUCAGAAUGCAGCUCUGACUUGAAGACUGUGAUGUAAGGUUGACUUUGAGAAAUGCACGUAACAUAUUGCACACAUCAGCAAGCAGAUCUGCUUGUAGCUAUGAUGUGAACAGAAACCAGUGUGGUACCUUUUCAUCUGAAAAGUGCAAGUUGUUGAAAGUCAUUACUGGUUUGGUACUUUAUAAAAAGACUGCAGUAAUAUUUGGCCCGACAGAAACCUUUUGUUAGAGCUGACUUUAUGGAAGGAUAGGUUGGUGAGACAGCGAAAAGCUUUAAUGAAUUAUUAAACCUUUUUGUUUUUUUAAAUGACUAUUUUUAUUAACACUUGCAUCCUCUGCAUCUGCCCCCGACAGAUGAGAACUUCACUCUCAAACACGACAGAGCCUUCCUGCUGUCGAUGGCCAAUCGUGGGAAGGACACCAACGGCUCACAGUUUUUUAUAAACUCUAGCAUCCUGCUCUUCCAAGCACAACUAAGAUGGCGCCUCAUCUUGAUGGAGUCCACGUCGUCUUUGGUCUGGUCAUCUCCGGAUUUGAAGUGAUAAAGAAGAUUGAGGGGCUGAAGACUGAUUCUGCCAGCAGACCGUACGCUGACGUGAGAGUGAUCGACUGUGGUCAGCUGAUCACCAAGUCUGCAAACGAUGUGCUAGAAGGCAAGCGGAAAAGAACUUCCCAUUCUGCUGACUCGUCCCUGAGCUCCCAUGACUCGUUCUCCCAGUUCUCCUCAGUGGAGUCUGAAAGUGAACUUGAUGAAAAGCACAGGCGUUACAAGCAAAAGAGACAUUCGAAAAGUAAACGGCCUAAAAAGAAAAGGAGACUGUCAAGGAAGGACAAAGAUGCAGAUAGUCUGCCUUCCAAGCAAAGUCCUGUGGGAAGAGAGCUACGGGAGGGAGAGAACAAGGUGGAAGAAGAGAGGGAGCUGGGUGGGAAGAGAGAGAAGCCCGUUGUUCGGCCAGAGGAAAUACCACCUGUGCCAGAAAACCGCUUCCUGCUGCGACGGGACAUGCCAUCUCAGGAAGAUAAAGCAGAAAUAGUUGAAAAAGAAGAAGCAACUCUUCCAGCUGACCCGAAACCAGCUGUGUCCAAGUCUGGACGGAAGAUCAGAGGCAGAGGAACAAUACGGUAUCACACUCCUACGAGGUCUAAAUCACGCUCUGCAUCUGUAGAGGAGCGUGGAAGCAGUGAAACUCCGCCGCACUGGAAAGAAGAAAUGAAGAGAACCAAAAUUUAUCAACCCCCAAGCAUUGAGCGGUGGAGCAAAGGAGACAAAUUGAAUGACCAUUCCUCAAGCAGAUGGGACAACAGAAGCGACUCUGCGUGGUCCCAGUCUGCAGAGCACUCCUCAGACCGCAGCUCGGAGAGGUCCAGCCAGCGCUGCCAACAGAAGAAGGCGAAGAAGAAAUCUAAACGCAAGAAAAAGGCCAAAAAGCGGAAACAUAACAAGAAGAAGAGUUCCAAGAGCAAACAUCAAAACCAGUCAGAUGGAGAAAGGUCUGUGUCUUCAGAGAAAGGGUUCAGAAAAUCUCGUUCGCUAACUCGUUCUUCUUCGAGUCAACACCACUCAUCAAACAGAAGGAGACGCCGAUCCUCGGGGUCAUACGGAGAUUCCCGAUCCUACUCUAAGUCAUACACAUCCAGUCGAUCCAGAUCUCAAGGAAGGUCCCUGUCUUACUCAAGAUCUAGAAGCCGGUCUGGAUCUAGAGGGCGAUCUUUCUCUAGAUCUAGGUCUUGGUCCCAUUCUCACUCCCGGUCUAAAUCAAGGUACAGAUCCAGAUCGAGAUCUUUGACGCCACCCAGAAAAAGGAGUUUUUCCAGAUCUCCGAGAAAGAAAAAAACAAGCAAACCAGAUGCCAUGAUCCCUGUGAAUGAGAAGCUUCAAGAGAGCAAAGUCGCACCUGUCCCCAGACUGCCAGCUGUCCCAGCUCCUGAAAGUGUCCCUGUGAUCCCAUUGAGCGACAGUCCACCUCCCUCUCGCUGGAAACCGGGUCAGAAACCAUGGAAACCCUCCUACAUCCAUAUUCAGGAAAUUAAAGCUAAAGUAGCUCCCAGCAACAUUUCUUCCACUGGGCAAGCAGUCGAUGGCGCAGCAGAUAAAGCUCAGACUUCAGCUACGCCAAAGUCUCUGCCAGGUGACUCUGAAGACAACACAGCACAAAAACCUUCACGGCGCUCACGCAGCAGCUCAUCCAGGAGUAAAUCUUACAGCCGUUCUUAUAGUCGCUCACGGAGUCGGAGUUACAGUAGGUCCAGGUCCAGGUCCGCUCACCGGCACAAGAGCAGGUCAUCGUCCUACAGCAGAUCAGAGUCUGAAAAGUCCCCGAAAACAAGUAACGCAAAGAAGGAGUCACUAGACAAGGAGUGGAAGGAGUACUACAGUUCUCUGAGCAGAGUAAAGAAUUUGGAUAAGUUAAUUUCAGUAAGCCUUAGUCAAGAUGGUCACUCGGGAUCGGAGAACAGGACAGACAGUGAGCGCAGCCCUGGUGUUAUUGGCUCUGUGGAGAAAAUAAAAGACAAGGGAAGCUCAGAGGAUCUGGAGACGAAGCAUUGCAGUUCAGUGCCAGCAGAGACUUUUAAUAACAGGUCUGAAUGGGACAGUGACAGUGAUAAGGUGAGCCAGAGCAACAGCGCUAUCCCAUUGAAAAUGCAGAUAAGGGUGGCUCAGUAUGCCGAGUCUCUGGAAAAGAAGUUAUCUUCUAUCUCUGGAUGGAAUUCAGAAAGUGACUCUGAAAAUUUAACAGCCAGGACUUUAGCUAUUUCUGAAAAAGAGGAAGGGGAAGCUAGUUCAGAAUCGGAUUAUGAGAUUUCCAGAAAAACAUCUGAUGGAGGGAAUGCUCUGGCAGCUUCUGGUCAGUCAGAGGAAAGCCCAGAGAAAGCGGCAGAGCCAGAGAAGCACAAGAGCAAGAAGAAAGCUAAACGUAAGCAUAAACAUAAGAGGAGAAGUGAGAAUAAAGGCGGUUCCCACCACAGUAAGGACAAGGCCAAGAAAACUAAGCGAAAACAUCAGAAGCUGAAAGAGACUUUUCACUGGCAACCACCUUUAGAGUUUGAAGAGGAGGAAGAAGAAGACGAAUCCAAAAGGGAAAGACAUAGUCCUGGAAGAGUUGUUAAAAAAAGUGCUGACGUUAAUAACCUCAAUGCAAAGGACCAAACUGCAAGCUGUAAUCCUACUAAAGAAGAAGAAAGGGGGCAACAGAGGACAAAAGAAGGUAUCAACAAAAAUGCAAAACACACUGAACCUCAUCUAGAGUCAUCCAACAGGAAUAGCGCCAGCGAUUCUCACUGGCCAAGUGUCCAGGAGCCAGAGACAUUAGAUGACAUGGACAUUUGUACUCCGGAGCAUGAUGCUGAAAUUGUUGAACCUUCAGUCCCAUGUCAUCCUCACAACAGCGUUCCUAAAAUAACCCUAAAAUCUACCUCAAACUCUUUUGAGAUGGAAAACAAUGACACUGCUUUAUCUCAUAGCAAAGCACAGCCUGCCGUUAGUUCCACAACAACAGCUGGCGGAUCGCAAGACAAAGGAACCGCUGGCAAGCCUGCUGCCACUGUAAUCAAUUUAAAAUGGAGGCCACUGAAAGGAACGUCAGCUGUACAGACUGUGAAUGCUCCCCCUGUCACUGUGAAAAAUGUCCAGGCUCAAGAGAACCAGACCGGCAACAUGCAGGGAGUGAGAAUGGAGAUAAAAAGCAAAAGCCGGGUCCGACCGGGAUCUCUGUUCGAUGAGGUCCGUAAGACGGCGCGGCUCAACCAGAGGCCGAGAAACCAGGAGAGCUCCAGUGAAGAGAGAUCCCCCUCUGUGGGAAAUGCAAAGGGAACGUCACGCACACGGUCUCCAAAGACGUCCAGGUCCUUGUCUAGAAAGUCCCGCUCUGUUUCCAGUCACCGGUCACGCUCCCGGGGGUGGUCCCACUCCUACAGCAGGUCCAGGAGUAGAUCCCGUAGCUCCAGCUACUCCUCCAGGAGCCGUAGCCGGAGUUGGAGGAGACGUGGGAGAGGACGAUCUCGCUCUCGCAGCACCAUGUACCGCAGUUACAGGAGUCACAGCCGGACGUACAGUAGAAGUCAUUCCAGAAGCCGCUCAUAUAUUCGCCGGAGAAGAUCCAGGUCAGACUCCUAUGACAGCUAUUCCAGUCGGAGUCGGAGUGUGAGCAGGAGACGAGGGCGCAGGCGAAGUGACAGCUACAGGAGCUCAGACCGCCGAUCGCGGUCGUAUGGCUCGUCCAGUCGCAGUUCGUCUAGGCGCAGGAGCCACAGUCGCAGCAGUCGGUACAGCUGAGCUGCGCCUUAAGGCAACCUGCUGGUUUACACCCGAUGACAAGGAUCAGAACCACAAAGUCUGGACACUGUCAUAUAUUCAAAGAUCAGCUCCUAAAGCUCUAAGAGGAAGAAUUAAAUCCAGUCUUAUGGUCAGUUUAACAUGGUUGUGUAUGUCCACCUGGCACAAGCUGGCAUUAUAAUUACUGAGGAAAUGAAUGUAAAUUUAUAAACCACUUUACAAGCUGAUACAAAGGCCUCCUUUUUGGGGCUGUCACAACAAGUGGCUGAAAAUCUGCCAACAUAGUCCAUCAAACAAAGUUUGAAAGUGAAAUAUGCUCUAUGCUUAAUACUAAUAUUAUGACAAAUUUACUCUAAAUAAUUAAAUAAUUUUAUAUUCAUGGAUUGUGUUUUCUACUUCUUUUAUACACUGACGUUGUUACAGUAUAAGAGUCUAAUCGUCUCAGUCUUCAUGUGUUUUUGAGGUUUUGCAUUAAGCUUUGAAAGUUUUCCUAAAGUCAUCACUGAAUGGAAUAAUUUGUUUUUAUAACUUUUUUUUUCAGUGCUUUUAUUUUAUUGUAUCAUGAAUGUUCAAACUAAACUCAAAGUAUGGUACCACAGAUUUAGGUUUAUUCAGUUCUAAAUGUUUACAUUUAAUAAAUACCAACACAUCUUGAACUCUG